UCAGUGGCGGGGCCAUUCAACGGUAUGACGUCAUCAGCCAAUCGUCGCACCUUCAUAUCGUCUACAGUGCGCAUGCUCCAUGAAUACAACUUUGACGGGUUGGAUCUGCAUUGGCAGUUGCCUGAACUGGAGGGCACAACCCCGUCUGACCCCCCGACCCGGUCACCCGCCGACCCCUCCACCCUGACUCGGCUGCUAGAGGAGAUGUCUCCUGUGUUCGAGUCACGAGCAUGGACUCUCACUCUCUCUCUCACAGGGUCUCGCUUCCAGGCCGAAGACAUCUAUCCCAACGAUAUGCAACAGGUGACAACCCACUUGACCCAUUUGCUACUGAAAAGCUACGACCUGCACGUGAGAGAGGAAAGGAAGGUCAAGAAGGAGGGGUAGCCGUGCAUCAUGCCCCCCUACAGCACCCCCGCCCCCACAAGAUGCCCUCGCUCUGUUCUUCA